GUACUAGUUUGCAAGAAUACAAAAUAUUUAAGAAGCUCCUAUUGUCUAUUUCGGUAAUAGUAGUUGAUCUUGUGCUUUAGUAUAAAAAAUUAAAGAUUGAGAGUAAAGUUAUGGGUAUUCAAUAUGUAAGAACUUUUUUUGGUUUCCGUGAAUUUUUUAUUUUCUGGGAAUUUUAUUUUCCAAGAAAUUUGUAUCCCAUGAUUUAAGGAAACAGACUCAGUAGACUUGGAAAGUAAUAGAUUGGAAACAAUAUUUAUUAGUGCUCAGUAUUUCAUUUAAAGUAUUCACAAAGCUUCAAAAUAUUCCUGACGAAAACAGGUUUGGCCAGCAACUUAUUUAGAUCAAAGACACAAAGCUGCGUAUUCCCGGAAAGCCCCUUCUGCCGUGCACGCUGUUCUGCGACGGGAGUUCUUUACUAACUGUCACUAACUGUCCCCGAUCCAGUACAAUCACCAUGUUGCAUGAUUUUUGUUCGUGGAACCUUUUUAUCUGCUCGACCAUGUCGCCGACUAGUACACCCUGGUGUACAUGGAGCACCAUCCGGAGCAUUUUGGCCAGGCAAAUGUUGCGGCGAUCAUGGAAAAGGUUCGCUGUGCCCUCAAGAAUCGCAUGGUCGAGCUUGUGGGCUUCUGUGUGGCGGACUGUCACGAUUUGGAGUACAAGCGGGAUGUGUUCGUGACCUUUGAGAGCCUCAAGGAAGCGCUGAUCGGCGCCAUUGGCAGCCUGAUCAGCGACCACGAGAUGGAACACUUCCAUCACAUCAAUCCCACCAACCAGUCGUUCAUGCCCGACCUCAACUUGCCCCUCAACUUGCCAUCGGCGACCGAGAAGAACAAUGACACCAUUGGGAGGUCAGGAUAAUGCCACCAUCGGUGGCUGCCGACCCGGAGUUCCACAGGCAUGAGAAUCCACAGCACGUCACGUGGUUAAAAGGUUCAUAUUAAGGGGCUAGGCGAUCGGGUUUUAUUAAGUUAGCUUGGAGUAUUCUUUGGCCGUUCCACAUUAUCUGGUUGUUACUUAUUUUU